AGGCCAAGGAGGCCAAUCAGCACCCAAGUUCCAUUUCAAUGGCAAAAUCCAACUUUCCUAAACCGGUAAAACUCCCAACGGGAAUAAACCAACCGCUUCCAACGGUCUGUCACUCCAAUCUCAUGGCUUUUGCUCCUCCUCCAAACCCCAACCCAAUCCCUCACUUCCUCUCUCCCACUCCAUUCUCUCCCCAAAUUUCCCUCCUUUUUCCCAAAACACCCCCGCAUUCACCACCGCCCUCCGCCCCUCUUCGCGCCUCAAGGCGCCAAACCGUCCCAGCUUCAGCCCUCCGAGAAUGGAAGGAGUACGAAGAAGCCGUGAAGCGCAAGGACCUAGCCGGCGCUCUUGGGUUCUUGCAGUCCCUCGAGACCCAGCAAAACCCAGUUGAGAUUGUCAAUGGGUCGCUGCCGGCUGAGUCGACCCGGCCGAGUCAAGAGUUGGGUUUCGUGGGGUGGGAGAGGGAGAGGGAUUGGGAGGUCUUGGACACGUGUCUCAAUGCUGACAACAUGAAGCUGGUGGGCAAAGCUUAUGGCUUUCUCAAGAACAGAGGGUUCUUGGCCAAUUUUGGGAGAUACAGGAACAUUGUAAUGGAGGGAACACGUGAUGUUACACCAACUGUGUUGAAGACUUCAACAGGUUUAGAAGCAUCGAAAUUUGCUCCAAAAAAGUGGGGUCUUUCGGGAAGUUCUCGUCCUGCUCUGGUUGCUUUUCUUGGCGGGCUAUCUUUUCUUCUUUCUCAAGGCAUUGACAUCAGGCCUAACCUUACGGUAAUAUUGGGGCUAGCAUUUGCGGACUCUAUCUUCCUUGGUGGUUGCUGCUUAGCUCAAAUCUCCAGUUAUUGGCCUCCAAAUAGACGCCGGAUCCUCAUCCAUGAAGCAGGGCACCUCCUAACGGCUUAUCUAAUGGGUUGCCCAAUUCGUGGGGUGAUAUUAGAUCCAAUUGUUGCAGUGCAGAUGGGAAUUCAAGGGCAGGCGGGAACUCAGUUUUGGGAUGAGAAAAUGGCCAGUGACCUUGCUGAAGGAAGACUUGAUGGUAGUGCUUUUGACAGGUACUGCAUGGUGCUUUUUGCGGGCAUUGCUGCUGAAGCUCUUAUUUAUGGGGAGGCAGAGGGUGGAGAAAAUGAUGAAAAUUUAUUUAGGGGCAUCUGUCUUCUUCUGCAACCCCCGUUAUCUGUCGCUGAGAUGUCAAAUCAAGCAAGAUGGUCCCUUCUGCAAUCUUACAAUUUGCUCAAAUGGCAUAAAAGUGCACACCGAGCUGCAGUUAAAGCUUUAGAAAGUCGCAGCAGUUUGAGUGUUGUAAUUAGAAGUAUUGAGGAAGCAAUGGCAGCAAAUAGGGGAACAAAAUUGUUUUGCUAUGUUGAUUCUUGA